CUCGUUCGAGACUCGUUUGAGUGAACUCAAUGAAAGAACUUGAAACUUCUGGGACAGAGAAAUACACCGAAUCCUUUCUGCUGUUGGAGAUGCUUCCUUUAAUAGUUUUUGUUGUUCCUUGCUUCGUGUUAUGGUGGUUGAAGAAAACAAUUUUCAAGCCACGUAAAGUUUUCGAUGUUAAAGACAAAGUUGUCCUUAUAACUGGUGCUUCCUCAGGUCUGGGAAAAGCAUGUGCAUACAGAUUUGCUGAAGCUGGUGCAAAGCUGAUAUUAUCAGCAAGAAAUGUGGAGAAGCUCGAGGAAGUGAAAGACAGCAUCAUUAAAAGAUACAGCCUGGAUUCUGCACUUGGGCCAAAGGUCAUACCAAUUGAUCUGAGCGAUUGUGAAAGCAUAACAAAAGCUGCGGAACUGGCUCUCAUGGCAUAUGGCCAUAUUGAUAUUCUCGUCAAUAAUGCUGGGAUAAGUUGCAGAGGCAGCAUAGUUCAAACUAAAAUGGAAGUGCAUAGGCAGCUGAUGAAUGUUAACUAUUUUGGACCAUUGCUUCUUACCAAAUCUUUGCUACCGUCAAUGAUUGAAAGAAAAGAAGGUCACAUUGUUGGAAUAAGCACGGUUCAAGGAAAAAUAGCAAUUCCAUUCAGGUCACCAUACACUGCAAGCAAGCAUGCAUUCGAUGCUUUCUUCACCUGUCUCAGAUCCGAAGUUGCCAGCUCAAAUAUCAAUGUUACUUUAAUCAGCCCUGGGUACAUUCGUACGAAUUUGUCCAUUAACGCACGGACAUCGGAUGGAACACAAUAUGGAUCUCUCGAUCCAACAACUGCCGCUGGGAUGGAGCCAGGCCACGUUGCUGAGGAAAUAUUGAGCGCAGUGGAAUGUUUACAGGAAGACGUGGUCAUUGCUGACAUGAAAGCAAAUCUUGCUAUCCUUUUGAAAACGCUUUGGCCAUCGUUGCUAAGCAGAGUGAUGAAAAAGAGAGCUCAAAAAGAGGAACAAAGUGAACUAGUCGUUACAAAGAAUAAAACUGAUUGAAACGUACGCUGAUUAUUGUAGAAAUAUUCACCUGUCGGGAAGGGGGGGGGGUUGUAUUUUAGGCAGAGCCCACAAGAGUAGCGUCCUUUCUGCGUUGAAAUUCUUGAGCUCUGAAAUUCUCUCUUUCUCAGAAAAACAAUGAAAACAUGGUAGGGUUUUGCUGUUGACAAUUUUUCUUUCCUGCCUUACAUUCGUUAGCCUGCGUGCAGACUUUGACCCUGUGACUGCAAUGUUUUCUGGGCUCGGUUUAUUAGCAUGGGCAAAUUGUUCCCAACAUGACCAUUUGAUUGUCUAAAUAAAGCAUAAAUGCGGUCCAAAUAAUAGUGAACUCUUCGGAUUUCAGAGAAGAGGGUUGAGACAUGCCCCCGUCACAAUCCAUUAUCCCUGCUGUAUUAGCCUGCGUUAAGACUCUGUUGACAAAAUUGAAAAUAGGAGAAAAAGUAGAGUCUGCAAAGCCGAGCCGAUUUUCUUGUUCACAGGUUCCUCAAAAUCAAGGAACCGAAUUUGAUUAGUUGGGGGAAUUUCAAUUGCUUUUUUUCAGUUUUCAAAGUGGCGCCUUCGAGCAGAAGUAUAAAUUAAUGGUAUCAAGUAAUAGAAUAGGUCUGUUUGUUCUUUUGAACAACUAGAAUUACAGAAAAACAUUGCACGCUAAUGGAGUUGUUGUUUUAGUGCUUAAAAUAAAAUGUUGAUGUCAGCGAACAAGAAAAGCGGCUCUGUUGCGCAGACUCUACUUUCUCUCAACUUUUAAAUUUCCGAGUCUGCACGCAGGCUAUGCUGUAUUAGCUCGUUCACUAACUAGUUUUAACCCCCCCUGACUAACUACCUUGUAGUAAUUACCCCCGGUAUUUUGAAGCAGCUUUUCGAUUUUCGCUCAGAAAUCGGCUCGUCCUUGUUGUUUAUGUCUUAAAAACCGCUUUCAUUCGUAUGAUGUUUUCAGCUUAAAAAGGCUUGUGUAUAUUUUGUGUUUUUGAUUUAUAUCAAAUAAAGAAAUUUGUUUUGUUCCAUAGAAUAUUGGUCAGCGAUAGGUUUUUGCUUUGUAUGCAUAAAUGUGAUGAAUAAUUGAAACACAGUAACAAUUUGUUGGCUGUAUAAAAAGUGUGGAAAAGGAUUGUUCAAGUAACGAUUGGUAAAAAGUAACAACUAGUGGCGCAAAUAAGAGAUAAUUUUCAAGGGAAGGAGGACUGUGACGUCAAGGGGGGCAUCUCUCGACGAGAAAUGAAGCGACUCUUCUAAAUUGAUGCUUGCGAGCGUAUGAGAAAAUUAUAUCAUUGGAAAAAAGCUUGACCUACUAAUUUUCAUUCUAUUCAUUUCUGACAGACUAUUUCAAUUAGUUGAAAACGUUACUCAUUUGUAUUAUUUAGUGCCAGAGAGAAGUAUGGCUUGGCAAUAAUUAUUGAUGUCUUGAACUGUAAUUUAGCAAGUAUUCAAUGAAUGAAUGACAAUAACGUUGCAAUGAAAUGUAUUCUUAUUCUAAAAUUAAACUGGGUAACAAUUUUUUUAUCUAUGAUCAAAAAUUACGAUGA